CCGCGCUCCAGUCCGCUUUGUGGAUUCUCUAUUCGCGUAUCCAAACAACCCCUUUGCCCACCUUCGUCAUGACUUCCGUUCCCUGCAAACCUCUUCUUCAAUCUCCCAUUCAGUGAGCGGGAGGAGGGAGAAGACGAACACCGAGGAGCUCAGGGUCACGGCCAUGGCGUCCAAUUCGGAACCUAGCGAAACCAGAGAAGAAGGAGAAGCAUCAUGCUCGGACAACGACACUCAUGAUACGCAUCCUGUUUGUUCUGCUAUGCCUGCUUCAGUCCCAUCACCAAUAUCAUCCAUUCUUCCCCCAUGCAACGCAGAGAUCCAGGCUGGACCAUAUCCUGAACGAUUAGUAAUGGGCAUGGACAUAGAACCUCAUGAGUUGAUUGCAAUAUUGACCCUCUUAUGUGCGUCACAAUGCCAGUUUGUAUUAAUCUUAGAUAGCGUAAUGAAGGGACAGAGGAGAAUAGGGAAUCAAUCACCACACCUUAGACACCAGAUUAGGCAGCUGAAUUUUUUUCGGCUCAUUCACGAGGAUGACUUAGCUUGUUGAGAAAGUACAAGAAUGGAUAGGAGAGGUUUUGCUAUACUCUGUACCAUGCUAAGAACAACUGGGGGGUUGUCAGUGACUCAAUAUGUAGACGUCGAGGAGAUGAUCGCUAUUGUCCUUCAUAUCCUAGCACAUGGUGUUAAGAAUAAAGUCAUUUGACGACACAUUUCAAAGUCUGGUGAGACAAUGUCUGGACUCUUCAAAUCUGUCCUAAACGCCAUCCUUAGACUUCACACAAUCCUUUUGAAGACACCCGAGCCAGUAAAUAACUCCUGUACCGACGAGAGGUGGUGAUGGUUUCAGGUAUAUAAAAUUUACUAUUUUCUUCUUACAAGCAGUGAUGGCUAAAUCGACUAUUUAAAGUUUUUCUCUUCUCAUAAUAGAAUUGUCUAGGUGCAUUGGACUGUAUGCACAUUAAGGUCAACGUAAGUGUGACUGAUCGCCCAAGGUACAGGACUAGGAUGGGUGACAUUGCAACAAACGUGCUUGCUGUAU